AGAAAUGGAGCUUUCGUGCAAUUCCGAGGCGUCAACGAGGGUCCUUCUCAAAGGAAGGUGUUAAAAAUAUAAGUAGUAUGUUUAAACUGUCAGGGAGCCAAAGUGUCACCUUAGAGCAAAAACAAAGCCAGGGGGGGAAAGGGAGAAAUCAAAAAGCACUCCGGGCCAGGGUGGCCUCAUGCAUACCAAUGGUUUUUGUCAUUUAUGGCUGGGCAAGAUUUAUGACUCGGCUCCCCAAAGCUGUAAACAGAGCACAAAACAGCAAACACUUGCUCCUUAUGGCAUAUUGCAGCGGCGCAACUUGAAAGGGAAGAGCCCGGGACGUGUAGGAGGUGAGAGCCGGCCGCAAAAAUCCGCUCGGCGGCAUUUUCUCUUCAAACCCUCAGGGUCGGAUGUGGCAUUUGAAGAAAGAAGGCGUGGGUCAAUAAUCAACCCGCACUUUCUCCUCCAAACUGCUGACGCGACUCUCACCGCCUUCUCAGCAAAGCCAGCUGCAGGGAAGGCCGUGAGAACCAGACCUAGGACUGGACUGUCUGGUCCAAAGGGGCUGAGAGCGUUGGAGCAAAGGGCUAGGGCGUAUGCAACGCAUACCUUUCCGGCUCGACCAAACCAAGCCCAGCAGCCCCAGCGCCAGGACCAGGCCGGACCGGAGGAGUUGCAAGAGCCGCGGGAGAGCUCGGAAAUUGCUCCCUGCCGCGGUUCUUUCCAGGCCAGUCCCGCAGUUCAUACACAGCUUCUCCAAAACCACCAACCAAGCUUUUCUUUGCUCAGCAUCCGUGAGCUCCCUUCCCCGUCUUCCCUAAGUCCUAUGAUUUCCAGAGGGACUAGAAGAAGCAUUUUUCUCAGGCACAGAAGAGUACUUGGAGCAUCGAAGGUGUCUGAUGGAGCCUUUCUGCCAUCCAAGGGGUGCCCUACCCAUCUCUGAGGGGGCUCACCGCUCCGGAGGCUCUCUGUGCAAGCAAGCUGGGGAGGAAGGUGAGGAGUAACUUUUGGCAAGAAGUAGCAUUAAAAUCCAAAGAUGGGCAGGGAAGAAGGCAUUAAGAAAAGAUGCUGGCCUGUAAGUUGAGACUGGUACUUUGAGCGUCGAGGGGGACCAGUCUUUCUAAUAGCUAAUCAUUUGGCCAUAACGCGAGUGGCUUUAGUUCUUUCCUGGGAGGGGAGAAAAAAAAAACCAACUGUGCUCUAUGAAAGCAGUUAUUGGCUUCUUACUGUGUGUGCUUUUUUUAUGCAGAACCAGCUUGAAGGAUCUGUUGUUAGAUAUUUAUUCUCUUGCCGGCACGGAAGCCACAAUAAAAAAGAUGCGUCUAACAAA